ACCAGUUGAGCAAAGCAGCAGUAGGGAAAGCAGCAAGAAAAAAGUCUGCGAUUCCUGCUGAUAUGGCGGGUGGUUCAAAACAACAACAUGCAGCGAAGCUGUCACAGGAGAUUUACAACACUUUACAGACACUUGGGUGCCCUCUGGUAGAAGGCCUUUGUCUGAGGGAAGCCGAAAGCAUUCAAGAACUUAUGUGCACCCCAUCUGUUCAUCGCACUGAAAUUUUAAAAUGGAUAUGUGUCAGCAUUUGUCCACAGUUGAAUGCAAAGCUCGAUGUGCUGAAGAGUAAAGAAGGUCAGGCGGAUGUACUUGUUCACUUUGGCCAUGAAUUGAUGCUGUGUAAUCUCAACGACCUGGAUUUAAUAAAGGGUGAUGCUCCUCCACUGCGUCAGCUUCGCUUCCUAGAGCAACUCAUAAGUCUGAUAUCUGGCCCUGUAUCCAAUAACAGCAGUAUUACCUGUCCAGACAGCAGUACCGCCUCCUCUGAUGGGCCUACUUCGUGUGGGGACCCUAAGGCCCCCAAGAGGAGCGACCGGCUGUUGAGGGAGCUUGUGUCCCAGUCCCAACUGCUCCAGCAGCUGCAGUGCUCAACCCUCAGCCCCCUGCCAUCCAACGUCAGGUGCCUCAUGGCCACGGCAGGCAAGACCUCCUCUGCUGGGGGAAAGCAGAAGUUUGUCCCUAAGAAAGUCACUGAGGCUGAGCUGAAGGAGGCCACCGCACAGCUGCAGUCAACCAAGAACACUUUGGAAGAACUUCAGAAAGAGUGUGAGUUCCUGGAGUCUGACACGUCGGUCCCUAGCUCCCCACCGCGACACGAUCUGUCUCCGUGCACACUGCGUGUCGCUGCCACAGACCUGCAGCAGCUCAUGUCCACGUUUGGCCACAUCUACUACGACUUCAAGGGCUACUGCGAGAAGCCUCUGCCGAAACCUCCCCUCAACACAGACACCUUUCAGACAGUGCGCCAGCUUCUACACGCCAGCAACAUGGAACUUAAGGCAUAUGAACAUUUGACAGACACCUCAUCAUCCAUGAAUGAUACCUUAACCGAUCUGCAGACUGGGAAGCGCUUUCACACCAGUGGAGAAAUGCAGAGCCUAACCACCAUGUUGGAAUCUCUGAAGAAUAAAUACUCCAGCUUCCUCUCCACCCAUCCUAAUAAGCAAGAAGAGUAAUCUGCUGAUCUAAUAGAAGCAGUGUGUUUUUUGUAAAUUAUGCAAGUGUCUAAUACUUUCAUGCCCACUCCACUGUAUAUAUCUUGAAUAUUGAUGUAAAAUAGUUUGUUUUUUAUGUCAACUAAUAAAAUGUCUUGUUGUAGGCCUACAAACUUUA